AUGGCGCUGGCCGCGGCCGCGGCUGCUGCGGCCGCCGGAGUGAGCCAGGCGGCGGUGCUGGGCUUCCUGCAGGAGAACGGCGGGAAGGUGCGCAACUCGGAGCUGCUGAGCCGCUUCAAACCGCUGCUGGAGGCCGGCGACCCACGCGGCCGCGCCGCCCGCAGGGACCGCUUCAAGCAGUUCGUCAACAACGUGGCCGUGGUGAAAGAGCUCGACGGCGUCAAAUUCGUGGUGCUGAGGAAGAAGUCGCGGUCCCGCGACGGACCCGAGCCCCCGCCCUGCUGCUUCCAGAGCGCCCCGGAGGCACCAGCCCCGCCGUCGAAGGUCACUUCUGUCUUACAGGAGGAAACCGCGGCCUCGGGGGCUCCGUCCUCGUCCUCGGCACCGAGGGCGGCGGAACCGGCGGAGGACCCGGCCCCGCCAUCAGAGCAGCAGGACACCGCCGGGGCUCCGGCCUCAGAGACCACUCAGGGGCUGUUGUUAGACCCGGCCUGGCAGUCAGGGGUGCCCUCGGACCCCCAGAUUCCAGCCUUCGAGCUGGCCCAGCCCCCUGAGGGUCUCUCUGAAGACGUGGCCCCACCGUCCACGGCGCCGUCGGAGGCACCCUCGCCCCAUGUAGAACCGCCAGACCCGGAAGCUGCGCCUCGGGAGCCACCACCACCCACUCCGCGCCCUCCGCCACAGAAGCCCUGCAUGCUGCCUGUGCGCUGCGUCCCCGGCCCCUCGGCGCUGCGGAUCCGGGCUGAGGAGCAGGGCCUGCGCAGGCAGCUGUCGGAGGAGCCCAGCCCGCGGAGCUCCCCGAUGCUGCUGCGGCGGCUCUCGGUUGAGGAGUCCGGCCUGGGCCUCGGUCUGGGCUCCGGCCGCUCCCCUCACCUGAGGCGUCUGUCGCGCGCCGGCCCGCGCCUGCUGAGCCCCGACACCGAGGAGGCUCCGGCUGCCCCGCCGCCGUCCGCCGUGCCCCUGGAGCCGGCCGAACACGAGUGGCUAGUGCGGACGGCUGGGGGCCGCUGGACCCACCAGUUGCACGGGCUGCUGCUGCGCGACCUCGGCCUGGCAGCCAAACGCGACUUCAUGUCUGGUUUCACGGCCCUGCACUGGGCCGCUAAGAGCGGCGACCUCGAGAUGGUGCAGCAGCUGGUGGAGGUCGCGCGGCGUGGGGGCGCACGGGUCGACGUCAACGCGCGCUCGCACGGCGGCUAUACGCCGCUGCACUUGGCGGCGCUGCACGGCCACGAGGAUGCGGCCGUGCUCUUGGUAGUCCGCCUGGGCGCGCAGGUGCACGUGCGCGACCACAGCGGACGGCGCGCUUACCAGUACCUGCAGUCGGGCGCCUCGUAUGCUCUGCGCCGCCUACUUGGCGACCCUGGCCUGCGAGGUUCGACUGAACCCGACGGGGCUGCUGGUGGUAGUGGCAGUUUUGCGGCCCGGCGCCCCGUGCAGGUGGCGGCCACCAUCCUCAGUUCCACCACCAGCGCGUUUCUGGGCGUCCUGGCUGAUGACCUGAUGCUCCAGGAUCUGGCUCGAGGCAUGAGGAAGUCAAGUUCCUUAAGCAAAUUCUUGGGAACCUCGCCCAUGGCUCCUCGUAAAAAGACAAAGAUCCGCGGCAGUCUGCCAGCCUUUUCAGAAAUCUCUCGUCGACCCACUCCGGGGCCCUUGGCUGGGCUAGUGCCCAGCCUACCCCCAGCAACCUGA